AUAUAAAUGUAUGUGACCCUUGUGAUCCCAGCUCGAUGUUGAAGGAGCCAAUCUCGGAGUCUUUGCUGUGCUUGUGCGCCCUGGGACUGGUCCACAGUGAUGCUACGCUAGCUGCUGCUGCCCUGACGGAGCUGCUGAAACAGGAUUCCACCUCCGGAAGUGUUGUGGAGCAGCAGUGUCUGCUCACCUGCAGCCUGCUAGCCCUGCAGGGCAAUUACAUUGCAGUGCAAAGAGAGGCCUCCAGAGCUGUACACAGAAAUCCAGGAAACUCGUCUUUGUGGGCCCUCCUGUCCAGAGUGGUACCACAGUUCUACCCUAGAAAGGCAAAUGGUGGGGCUGUUGCUGGGUAUGUUGCCUGUCUUGCUAGUAUGACUCAAGGAAAGAGGGCGCUGUUGUUCAGUGGACUGAACCAGCUGGCUAGUGGAAAACACUCUGGAGAGGAAAAGCUUAAGAAUGCACUGAAGACCAUACAGAGA